AACACAGAGGUGUAUGAUUGAUUAUAAAUGUUAGGCUACUAAAGCUCUCUUUAAUAAGUGGCACAGUUAUUACUUCAAGGGUUCUUUAAGAAAGACAUCUGAAUAUCCUAUAGACAAUGAGUGACUCUCUUCUAGGAAGGAGAAAGUCAGUACAAUCUUUUCUCUAGUAGAAGUUCUCUCUUCAUUGAUGAUCAUCAGAGAGGAACAGAGGUGUUGAGUAAAGUAGUAGAAACAUGAAAAGGAACUAAGAAGUAAAGGGCCAGGUGAAUGAGAGGGACAGAUAGGAGAGGCUUUCCCACUCGCCAUGCUCAUCAUCAGGUAGAAUUGUACCUCAGCUACUCCAUCUUUCUAUCUUCUAGUAAAGACAGGAGGAAUUGUUCAUCACAAGUUAGCUCAUGAAGACAAAAGAUAAGGUGAUUGAAUUAUUGAGUGAUGUGUGUGGCAGUACAUUCAGACUCCACAAAGCAAAGGAAGACUUAAUUCUGCCAGUCCAAGUCCCUUUGUAAUGAGUAUGUGUAAAGAGAAAACUGUGUUCUGUACUAAUAAAAUUUUCCGUUUUCCUCCCUCACAGAUUUCCAAAAAUGAGAAUACUGGCAAGAAAUGACUCCUUAGUGACUGAAUUUAUUUUUGCUGGAUUAACAGAUCAUGCAGAGCUCCAGCAGCCUCUCUUUUACUUGUUUCUAAUGAUUUACAUUGUCACCAUGGUGGGCAAUCUCGGCUUGAUCAUUCUUAUUGGGAUAAAUUCUCACCUUCACACCCCCAUGUACUAUUUCCUUUUCAAUCUAUCUUUCAUUGAUCUCUGUUACUCUUCUGUCUUCACCCCCAAAAUGCUGAUGAACUUUGUAUCAAAGAAGGAUGUCAUCUCCUAUGUUGGGUGCAUGACCCAACUGUUUUUCUUUCUCUUUUUUGUCAUCUCUGAAAACUAUAUGUUGACCUCGAUGGCCUUUGAUCGCUAUGUGGCCAUUUGCAAUCCAUUGCUAUAUAGAGUUACCAUGUCCCAUCAGGUGUGUUCUGUGCUGACACUUGCUGCAUAUGUCAUGGGAUUUGCUGGAGCCACUGCCCACACAGGUUGCAUGCUUAGACUAACCUUCUGCAAUGCUAAUAUCAUCAACCAUUACUUGUGUGACAUCCUACCUCUCCUCCAACUCUCUUGUACCAGCACUUAUGUCAAUGAGGUAGUAGUUCUCAUUGCGGUGGGCAUCAAUAUUACAGUACCCAGUUUUACCAUCCUAGUUUCUUAUAUUUUCAUCCUUAUUAGCAUUCUUCUUAUCAAGUCUACUCAAGGAAGAUCAAAAGUCUUCAGCACCUGUAGCUCCCACAUCAUUGUUAUUUCUCUUUUCUUUGGGUCGGCAGCAUUUAUGUAUCUUAAGUAUUCUUCUCCUGAAUCUACAGACCAGGGGAAAGUUUCAUCUAUUUUCUACACUAAUGUGGGCCCCAUGCUUAACCCUCUGAUCUACAGCUUGAGAAACAAAGAUGUCAAAGUAGCCCUGAGGAAAGCCUUGAUUAAAAUCCAGAGGAGAAACAUAUUCUAACUAGAAGCAGUGGUAAUGUAAAGAAAUUCAAGCAUCUCAAUUUUUUAUUGGUAUUUUCAUGAGGGACUGUUUACAACUAUGUUGAUUCUACAGAUUGUGUCAUGUAUGAUUUAAUAGACUUGUUUUUAUCACUUCUCUUACAGCUAAUCAUUUCUCAUUCUUUGCUUUAUCUACUGCAACUCUCCCAUUACUAAAUAAUUAAUAAUGUGUUAUAAAAGGAACAUACAUACUGACUGUUUUCAUUAUUGUUUCCUAUUCCUUCUAUCUCCUGGUCUAUUCAUAAUCUGAACAGAUAUGGUGAGUUCCAGAAGUCACCGAAGGUA